AACUAUGACGCCCUGGUGAUCGUCCACACGGCCACCCACCAUUUCCAGCACAGGCUGAACUACAGGGACACCUACGGCAACUACUUGUUUACGGUCCCUUACAGGUUAAAGGUGGUGACCUGUAUGUCAUAUAAUUACCACCUUAGACUAUGGUCCCUUACAGGUUAAAGGUGAUUUACAUGUGUCAUAUACUUAUGACCUUAGACUACUCAAUUCACACCCUAUAAAUUCCACACCCCCCCCCCGGGGGGGGGAGGCAAAUCUGGCUGUAUUGUGCUAGUGGCUGGGAUGAAAAAGUUGUCUCAGAUACUUGCCUCCGCUCAUCACAGGAUUGUUAACCCUCCAUUCCAGAUCGUGUUUUUCAUGGGCAUCCCGGUAGACCCUGCCGAGCAAGAGGCCAUAGAGAAAGAGAACAGGUACUACGGCGACACGGUUCAGGGAAACUUCACAGACACGUAUCAGAAUCUGACCUACAAGGCAGUGAUGACCUUCAGGUGAUGAUGACCUUCGGGUGGACAAGUAUGGGGUUGCAAAACAUGUGUUUGCUGUUAGUUGUGUUUUAGUAGCAUCACUUAGGUUGGUAGCGUACCGUUACAGUUACUCGCCACUCUCUGACCGACGCCCCGCCCACCCACCCCCACUCCGCCAACUUUUUUCUCAGAUGGGUGUCUCAGCAUUGUAAAGGUGUGAGAAUCAUAUUGAAGAUGGACGAUGACGUCGUUUUGGACGUUCACAGGUUUUUCGAAGUAAGUCACAUAACGUCAUUCCAACGUCUCGAAGACGUCAUGGAACCAACAACAUCGAGACUUCUAGAAAUUAAAAAAGCGACUUCAAAUUAAGUUUUUUUUAAAGUCCACGACAUACUCAGUGUCAUGGAAGGUAACCAAUCAACCAAUCAACCAAUUAACCAAUCAAACAAAUAAACAAACAACCCAUAAACCAGUGUUUCCCAAACUUUCGACACCUGUGUACCCCUGUCUAUAAUUUUCGUAACACUAAGUACCCCUCGUUUAAAAAAAAAUUGGAUAUACUUUAAUAAAUAUUUUUUUUAAAUUUAAAUAUUUUUUCCGUUGCAGCGCCUACCCACAGCAAACUCUUCCCGCCCCCCAGGGGUACGCGUACCACAGUUUGGGAAACACUGCACUGAACCAAUCAACCAAUCAACCAAUCAACCAAUCAACCAAUCAACCAAUCAGACAAUCAACCAAUCAACCAAUCAAACAAUCAACCAUGCGUAUGACAUACCAUGUGACGGAUACACAAUUAUAGAAUUUGCCGAAUGUUCAGUGAUAGAUCAGAGGGUCACGUUUGAUGUGCUUGACAGAACGUGUUCGACAUCUUGUGGCUCAUGAUAUGAGAUCAUAGAUAUAUAUACAUAAAUUAUUUUAUAAAUAGUUGUUUUAAAGUUUCCCGAAUUUGUACCUCACACAGGAGUUCUGGUUCCCUCCCCCUUACCAACAGGAAGUCAUCUUCUGCCACAUGUGGAAAUUCGCAGAAGUGGAGAGGGUCGGGAAAUGGGGGAUAUCCACGCGAGAGUACCCACACGAGUUUUACCCGCCGUACUGCAGCGGCUUCUUUGUGGUCAUCAUGCCGGCCAUUGUGGAGGACAUCUAUGAGGUGAGGGGUCAGGCAAAGGGUGUAGGGUCAAAUGAUUAAUGAAUAGUUGGGGCUUGGGGUCAUCAGGCCGGCCAUUGCGGAUGACAUCUAUGAGGUCAGGGGGUCAGGCAAAGGGUGUAGGGUCAAAUGAUUAAUGAAUAGUUGGGGCUUGUGGUCAUCAGGCCGGCCAUUGUGGAGGACAUCUAUGAGGUCAGGGGUCAGACAAGGGGUGUACGGCCAGAUGAUCAAUGAAUAGUUGGGGUUUGUGGUUUUGACAAGAAAAAAAAGAAGAGUGUGUGUGGUUGGGGAGUGGGGGGAGUUGAAGGUAAAAACUGGGCAAGGUUUUAAAAGUAAAAACAUAGAGUGGGAUAAUUGUAAAAAAGUUUGUCAAGUUUAAUUUCUGUUUUUAGGAAUUCGUUUCUGUGUUACGUUACAUAUUUAUAUGUGUGAUAUGUUAAAGUUUUAACGGCUUGGUACUAUAUACAUUGAAGAUUUGAAGCUACAGUAUACAGUGACAUUAAACAUUAUACAUGUUAUACUAACAUAGCUACUUGUUAACGGACACCCCCCCCCCGCAACUAAAUCCCCACCCACAGGCUGCUAAAGCCACGCCAUUCUUGUGGCUUGAUGACGUCUACAUCUACGGCGUUGUCAGGGAAGACAUGCAUGACGUCCAAAUCAUUAACCUGGACGAGGUGGCUUUUCGAGAGGAGCAUUACCUGGCUUGCAACAGAGCUUAUGGCUACAGGUAGCCCUGCGUACAUUGUCGACCUGUAACGUGGCCUAACUGCUGCUGUGUCGGAAAGCGAUAAAGCUUUCAAGUAGAGUAAUGAGACGCAAACAAUAUGUGUAAAUAAAACAGUUUAGGUUAAGCUUUAAUAAUGGUUGAAACAAAUACAAAUGUUAAACGUUUCGGCAAACGCCUUCAUCGGUACAACAACAACAAAAAUUCAUAUAAAUAUCAAUUAAAUUUUAGUAAAAAUAAAUAAUUAUGUAUCCUACCUAAAAAUGAAAGAAAAGAAUAAGAAUGGGCACAAGUCCGUAACGAAAAGUCUCUUUCAAGUAGCAGUGAAAGCUUUGCAUAGCACAACACCACAUGGGCUUCCAUGGUCAUCAUUUAUUCUCAAAGACAGUUGGAUAUUUUUAUAACUGGAUCAGUUCCAUAGCAUAAGACUGUUGGAUUGUCAGUGGCGAAUAGGAAAGGGGGGUGCUGAGGUGGUGUUCUGGGUUCUGCCGCGGGCGACAAUUUUCUCUUCUAAUGUAGAAGCGGAAUUUUCGACCAAGUGAUUAGCUGUCUUGUUUCUUCAAAGUGGGGGCAGAAAAAUCUUGACCCCGCCCUGGGCGGUACUAGCUACGCCACUGUGGAUAAGUUUAAAUAUUUGUUGUUGUUUUUGGUUCAGUCAUUGUCUUCGUUGCUUUUGGGUACACAUCAUGUCGACUGAUAACAUCUUCCACCGGGAUAUUGCCGGGAUAUUUCAGAAACUGUGCCUAGUGGUGUUAAAACCGAUACGUGACUAGAUAACAAAUGUUGUCUCACAUGUUUUGGGCUUUUGUUUUCAUUUGCCUCUUACGUUUGUUCUUUCUCCAGGUGUAAGUAUUGGGUCUCAGUCCUCGGGGAGACCAGGAAAUUCGUCCCCACUCUGAUGACCCUGAGGGCCGAUAGACUGAGAGUACUGGACAUUUGUCACGCCGAAAAGUCGAAGGGAAUUCACUCGGCGUGGUCAUCGGUUGGCAGCUGCUAUAAAGCGUUGAGCCAAGAUAACCAGAGCCAGGCGAAGCACGGCUAUGUCUAGUCCAACCAUCCCAACAAAACCCUGACCGUCACCACGUCAAACCCUGCUGUCGCUUCUCUCAUCAACGCCCACCCACACAAGACCCUCCCUACCCUCAUCACCAGGCCAAAUGUUUCUUUCGAUCAAUGCAUUCAAUGAAUUAUAGUAUCAUUUGAAGUUUAAAUCAUUGAAAAAGGAUUUUUUCCUCUAAACUCAUAAUAAUUUUUUUAAAAUAUUUCAUGUGUUUAAAGCACAACAUACGGCGUGCCAGCUCCCACUUUGCCGCCAGCGAAGUAACGAAAUAUUAUUUAUUCGUUUUAUUUUCUUAUAGCUUUCCCCACUGUCCUAUUUUCUUUUUGCCCCACAAAAGUUUUUGAUAAAGUGUUACGGCC